AUGAAGAAUUUAUCGAUUUUACUCGCCGUUUUUAUAUUUUCAACUGGUAAGAAACAAACAUUUCAAAAUAGUUUUUUUGAAGAAUGAUUUCAUUCAGAAGUGGUUCUCGGUCGAUAUGGAAGUUAUUCGUACAAAAGUAAAGGUUGGCGAAUUUUGAAACAGGAAAGUUAUUUGUAACUUUUCAUUUGAUAAAAUCUUUGUGUGACGGCUUAGCUGAGGCAUUUCCGAGAGUUUCGUCAAAUAAUUUUUUGAAACGGGGAAAUCAUUUUGCUAGGCGGAAUCUUCUCAAGUUUUUUUCUUUUGUCAAAUGAAUUUUUUUUUGCAGAAGGAAGAGAAUGUUCCCACAAAAUUGAUAUCGAUCACGGCUGCAAAGAAGGAGGAACUGUAGAUGGCUUCCCGUGCUUCAAGCCAAAAACCAAGGAUAUCAACGUUUUGGCUGGUUGGAAGCAAGAGGCCAAAAUGGUUCUGUGCCGUCAAAGCGACGUAAACGCCGUUGUAAGUUGUUGAUUUUGAGUUGAUGGUUAAAGUUCACUUUUCUGUCUCAAUGAAAAACCUUGUACUAAUAGAUUGAGAUUUUGAAUUUGAAUUUUUUUAAUAUUGCUAUAAUUAGUUUGAUAAUCGGUCAAAGUUUAACAUGAGACUUUAGUAGCGAGCCUUUUUGAAAAAUUAUGACUACUUGAAACCGGAAAGUUUCCUUAUUUUGCGUCUUUUCAAAAUAAAAGCUUUUAAAAUCUUUUCCAGGUUCAAUUCACCGUGAGCAAAGGCCCAAUUUCCUUUGGAAUCGGUGGAACCUCCAACGUAAGCUUUUUCAAACACAUCUUAGAGAAAUAUUUCAAUAAUGUUGUAGUAUCUCACUUGCAAACAUGGCGACUGGUACGCCAAGGACUAUAAAGGCAACAAUGUCAAAGUGGAAGACGCACGCUGUGAAAUCAUCCCGACUCCUGCCCCUGGAUCUUCGCCGUGA